AUGUCAUUCGACCUAACCAGACUAAUAUUGUCUAAAAACGAAGAAACAUCAAAAUUUUUACUGGAGGCAGAGAAAAUCUUGUUUAACUUUCAUUGUUGGUGUAUGACUGAAGAUGAACUUUACAGAUUAUUGAAAACUUUCAAUAAACUAACUCUCAAACCAAGCUCUCAAAAUUUAGACAGUUUAUCAGUGGCUUUAAAAUCACUUUUAGAUCUGAAGAAACAAUGUGAGAACUCUUGGAGGAUUCUAGCGUUUAGAUAUUUCAAUCCAGAUGAUAGUUUAUUCCAAGUUCCAUUUCAAACAGUUUUACCGUUAGUUUAUAAUCGUUCAAUCAUUCUAAAAAAUGGAAUUGCUUUCAUUCCGUAUUCACAGCUUCCAGUGUUUCUAACGGAAAUAUUUACAUUGUUUCUGGACUGGGGUAUAAAACAGGCUAGAACUCAGGAUAAUUCUGAUGAUAGAUUGAAUUAUAUUUCUCAAAUAUUACUGAGAAGGUGUGUAAGAUUUUUAAAGAGAAAUAGCAGGAAUAGAAGACAAUAUACACCAGUCAUACAUCUAGAUAAACACUCUAUAGAUAAUCAGAGUACAAUAUUUCCACCUUGUAUGUUUAAUCUUCAUCAAACAUUACGAGAUAGACAUCGACUAAAUCAUCAUGCCAGGAGUGAAGAGAUUAAUAUUUAUCAGGAAACAUCUAAUCAACAAGAUGGUGGCGAGUUGUUAAAUAGUCACAAGCAUCCUGUCUUGAAUCAAAUUCCACAGUUAGAAAGGGGGUUUAUGAAUAAUGACAGAGAAAAGCCAUCUAGGACAGUGGACGUACCUCAGUUGGAAAGAAGGUCUAUAAAUAUUGACAAUGUAGAGCUAUCAGAGACAGUGAGGUAUAAAUUAGUUAAUAAAGAAAUCAUCUCUACAAGUGAUCAUUCAGAAAGAAGAUUUGUGAAUAUUAACUGUCAUAAUGAAUUGAAAAUAAUGUCAGAAAGUUGUCAAUCAAGUCCUAAAGAAAUUAUUUCUAACAACACGAGUUCAGAGAGAAGGUUCCUGGAUAUCAUUGAGGACAAGAAAUGGAGGACAACGUCAGAACAACGUAAAUUAUUCCAAUCAAAAAGAAAGUUCCUGAAUAUUGAAGGCAAAAAAGAAUCACAAAAAGGUAAAUUACUUUGUAUAGAAAAAACAGUUUUAACUAACUCUAAACAAGUCUGUGUCAGUAGAAAUGAAUGUAAUAUUGUUAAUCAAGACAAGUCAGUUUUAACUAACAGUCUGUUGUCUGCAGAUAACGUGGGAACCUCUGAUGAAGACCAAGAUGAUUUUGGAUGUGAUCACACUGACUGUCCGAGUCAGAGAGACCCCAGUCUGCAGGGUCAACUCUCACCAACUAUCAUAGAAACACCUCUAGAUUAUUGUCUUAGUUAUCAAACAUUACUUCACAAAUUACAACAACUUUCUUGA